UAUGACUUACGACGAGCUUUUGCACGCUAUUGCGUUCGUAAUGGGGUAAAUCGUUUGAAAAGAUAUGGUUGUGGUAAAGUAUUUGGACGUCCCGAUGCUUUUGUUAGCAUGCAUCCUGUUGAGCGCGUCGAGUUCGCUAUUGAUGCUAUUGGUCCGGUAAGUUCAUCUCAUAUGCUUACAGCUGAUAUACUUUGCAUUACUGUCGAGGCAGUUCAUCAGCUUGAUUGUAUAUCGUCGUGUAAAUGGGAAAUCCGAUUGGGACAUCGAGAUUUAAUUAUUGCCACUUCUCUAUAUCUCGGUUUCGGCGAUUCCAAUACACAGAACAAAAUAUUGAAUAUUCUUUAUGCGAUCGCAACAUCAAACAAAACACUUAGUCAUGAACAAAAAAUCGAGCGACUUCGAGUCGGUACGGAAAUGUCAUUCAAUCAAGCAAACUCACUAUUGAAUGUCCUGGAAGGCGAUGAUCGCACAUUAGAAGCAUUAACGGCAAGGGUGGAAUGUUUGGUAAACUGUCGUGAUGAUCGUGUCCGGAAGCACGCCGAGAGGGCGUUAAGUGAUAUCACACAUUUAGCCGUACUACUAGAAUGUUUCGUUGAUGAUAUGACUGAGCACAUCUUAUUCGAUGGCACUUUCUGUUAUCGACCGCAUACAUAUUGCAGUGGUCUCAUGUUUCAACUGCGAGUACUCUUUCACCAUAGACAGACAACGCAACCUGUCAUUAUUGGUGCUGGAGGUCGAUACGAUACCUUGCUAGAAGACGAGCGUCAUGCACAGGAUCUAAUUCCUCCCAGUCCACUGUGUGCGGUUGGAUGUAGUCUGUCACUUGAUAUUCUUGCUCAGUUUUGCUGUACAAAUAAACCAAGUCGGUUUUGCGGUCAAGCAUUAGUUUGUUCAAUCUCUGAUCAACUCCUGAAAACAACCGCAAAUUUGGUGAAACGGAUGUGGUCACGCGGAAUCCAAGCUGAUAUUUUACAUGAUCCGGUUGCUCCAGUGCGGAUGACGGAGCUUGAUGAGCAUUGUAGCGAGACGAAUAUCGAAAUACUACUGGUAGUUUACGGAGAAGAUGAAGUGUUAGCUCGUGUUGAUGGCGUUGACUUGGGAAAACUUACAUUUGAUGAAAUGUUGAACAAGUUUGAAACUUAUCAAAAUGGUGUGUCCUUUAUGGAAGCAUUUCAACGUAUAACAAAUACCAGUUCGCCUGUAAGGCACUCAAUUAGCACACUGCCAGUAGCUGCUACUCUUGCUAACCUCAACGUAAAGUAUGCUUUAAGCGAGAAGCCUGCAGCUCAUAUCCGAAAAAGAAAUGAAGCUCAAAUUCGUGCUUGUUUACAAAAAGUGGUCAUUGCGUUGGCUCCUCAAACAGUGGUUGAAGUAAUCGUCACGGAAAUCCCAGUGGAUGCGAUUCGUCUGCUUGCAGCACUUAUAGAUCGUAGUUUCACAGUAGACGAACUUUCGACUGCUUUCGCGACUGCUAUAAAACAACUAAACAAGUUUAAACGGGACUUUAAACGGAUAGAGGAAGUGAUUGAACCAUUCUUUCAAUCCAGAAAUACUUCACCGAUUGUGCUAUACUCAAAACAAGAUUGUAACGGCUAUUAUAAAUUAUUACUUUAA